AUGGGGAAAAUAACAGGAUACGAUUCUCAUGCCUCUACGCAGGUACCUCGAACCCACAGCGGUGUUGAUGAUACCCAGAAGAAUGUUCUCCAAGAAUCGCUACUCCAACAUUCUUCUCGUGGAAUGUAUCCCAUGGCUAGCAAGUCGAUACCACCAUCAGUUUUCAAGCCUGGCUUCUGCGAUGCACAAACCCCCAUUGCCGCCGAGCUCACGCAAUCAUUCCUGAAUUUUGCAUCGAAGAGCGGCGGGAUCAAUCUCAAACAGAUGGGCGUCAGGCCCGGCCAAAGAUGGUGUGUAGAGGCAACUCGGUGGCAGGAAACGUUAAAACACGAGAAGGAAGCGGGAGUUGAGGUACCGCUUGUAAAGCUUGAGUGUACACAUGAGAGUGCGUUGAAGACAGUCGAAUUGGAUAUACUGAAGCGAUAUGCGGCGGCAUGA